AUGGAGAGCGCGUCAGGGGAGAAGCCUGGGGCAAGGGCGGCUGAGGCGGAGCUCGGGUUCGAGGCUGAUGAGGCUCCGGCGGGGCUGCGCGAAGCGGUACGCGCCUUGCGGGCGGACGUGGCGCACUUCCAACACGGCGUGGAGCAGCGAGUGGCCGAGGCGCUGGGGCUGGCGGGGCCCCUGGCGCGCACCGUGGCCGAGCUGCAGAGCGAACACGAGCGGCUGCGGGCUCACCUGGGGCGACUGGCGCGCCACGUGGAGGCGCUGGCACGCGCCACCGGCCUGCCUCUGGACAGCGGGCCUGAGCCCCGGGCCGAGCCGGCGUCCCCCGGACCCCGCGGGCCCCCGCGCUUCGCCAGCCACGCAAUGCUCUCGCUGUCGGGCCGUGGCCAGAGCCUGGAUCAGGAAGAAUGGGCUGAUUCAGAGGCGAAGAGAAUCUCAAAUGUCUCAGUUAUGGAGAAUGGGCAUCAGGUGACAGCAGAGGUCCCUCGGCCCCUCGAGCCCCAUCCCCCAAGUAUGUCUCUUUGCAUGCCCCACCAGCCUGUCACUGCCAUCACCCGGGGCCCAGAGAAGGCUUCAGGGGAAAUCGUGUCCCCAACCCUGGCCUGCUCCGGAUCCUCCAUGGCUACCCAGGGGCACCGCACAAGCCCCAGUGAGGCAGUGAAGACUUCCAGCCAUCCAGAGAAGAGCCUCAGGGUCACCAGCUUUGGGAUGACCAGUGCCUUCGUCAACAAUGAAAGCCCUCUCUCCAGCUUCCAGCAGGCGACCCCUCCCAAAUCGCCAUCCCCACCACCGCCAGCAGUCAGCCAUCGGCAGGGGGAGCGUCGCAGGGAGCUGGUGAGAUCCCAGACGCUGCCGCGGACCUCCGGGGCUCAGGCCCGCAAAGCGCUCUUUGAGAAGUGGGAACAAGAUGCUGGCAAGGGCCGAGGGGAGUCACGGGCCAAGCUCAAGCGCUCACAGAGCUUCGGCGUGGCCAGCGCGAGCAGCAUCAAGCAGAUUCUUUUGGAAUGGUGCCGCUCCAAGACCAUUGGGUACCAGCAUGUCGACCUCCAAAACUUCUCCUCCAGUUGGAGCGACGGCAUGGCCUUCUGCGCCCUCAUUCACUCCUUCUUCCCGGAAGCCUUUGACUAUAACUCCCUGGACCCGGGUGAGCGGAAGAAGAACUUUGAGCUGGCCUUCUCCAUGGCUGAGAACCUGGCUCAGUGUGAGCGCCUCAUCGAGGUGGACGACAUGAUGGUGAUGGGCCGGAAGCCGGACCCCAUGUGUGUCUUCACGUACGUGCAGUCCCUGUAUAACCACCUACGCCGCUUUGAGUGACGUGUCGGGCCUGCCUGGCCACGGCCCCCAGAAGAGGCCAAGGUCAGUCCCUCCCAGGCAUGGAGUCAGCAAAGCACUACUGAACUGGAGAAAGGAUGCAGACGUUGGUGCUAUGAGGUCACCCCCUUCCCCGGGAGAGUCCAGAAUGGGAAAGGCUGAGGUGGCCGCGGGCUUCUCACAAAGUGCCUUCAUGGAAUCACGCGGUGUGCCCCAGGCCAUGGCACCUGCGGUGAACCACCCAGGCCCCCUCCCCUGAAUGCUCGAGCCCCAAGCCGGGGGGCAUGCUGUGAAGUCGCUGCCAAGGCCCCCUCCCCCAAGUGCCCUCCCUGGGUGCCCCGGGUGGGCGGGCUCAGUCACACUCGGCUGGUCUCUUUUUAGAGGGCUGCUACAGCUAUUUAUAAGGUAAUGUGACCUGUGUCUA